AUGUACCGACGAGGACGUGUUUCUGGGUUCAAGCCGCCGAGAAGACUUGAUGAGGGUAUUGGAAACGGAACUGGAGACAAGGUGAGUGGAAAAAAUGGGGUCUCUCUGGUGAACGGUGUUAAGGCUCACGAAGAACUGGGAAAUGCACUAUCACAACACCUCAAUAGUCUGAAUGGGUUAAUUGAAGAUGCUGCUCUGAACAGGCUGGAAAGAAUUAAGGCUCUUGAACUGCCGUCUCAACUGCUGCCCAGGCUGUCCCAGCUAUCUGCUUCUGGAGCUUCACAGACGCGUCCACAGAGAUCUAGUCAGGGCACUGGCGCCCGUCCGACACUAAAACGCAUCAAGAUGGACAUAAACAGACCAAGUGCGCUGGCUAGUAGCGCGUCCAAAGCGUAUCGUCUUCCGGUUCAGUGGAGGAAACAAUCCACGAAGAAGAACAAGUCGUGGGAGGGCGAUGGGUACGUCUUGGUGCUGGAGAACGAGGUCUUGCUCAAGGCAGAUACAAAGGGAAACGGCACGUUCAAGGUUAUGGGUAGAUCUACGAAUACAAACACCUCGGGUAUCAUGGUGUUGGGCCAGUAUGAGGCUGAAGUGGAUGGAGAAGGGAGAGGAGAGGCCGAGGUUCGUCAAGUGUCCCUUUCUCCUGCAAUUUCCCAGGAGAAUUGCUCUUCAAUUACGAAAGUCAGCGAUUCAAAGAGCGAUACCUCUGUGGCGUCAGCGUACAAGCCGCCGCUACUAACUACGAAGCUGAAGACUGGCACUUUCCUGGAAAAUAGUGAUCCUUUGAUUCUCGCCAACAAUGUCGUAGUCGAUCCGAAUCUCUCGAAAUUCCUUCGCCCGCAUCAACGUGAAGGUGUGGCUUUCAUCUACGAGGGUCUCUUGGGCCUUCGAAACAAUGGCCACAAUGGUGUCCUCUUGGCUGAUGAAAUGGGUCUUGGAAAGACGCUCAUGACCAUUACUGUGUUGUGGACGUUGCUCAAGCAAAGCGGCACACCAGGGAAGACUCUGGAUGUGAUGAAGGUCUUGAUCUGUUGCCCGGUGACGCUAAUUGACAACUGGAGAAAGGAGUUUAGCAAGUGGUUGGACACCAACCGUAUUGGCAUACUCACGCUAAACGGAAAGAACCAGUCUCCAGCGAAAGACAAGCAGGACGUUGUUGGAUUUGCAAAAACAAAAGUGUAUCAAGUGUUGAUCAUGGGCUAUGAGAAGCUGUUGCUGUGCUCCAAAGAGCUCUCCGCGGUUGAUUUCGACAUGCUUGUCUGCGACGAAGGCCACAGGUUGAAGAACAAUAACAGUAAGGUUAUGAAGUUGCUUGACAGUCUCAAUGUGAAAAAAAGGUUAUUGCUCACCGGCACCCCGAUCCAGAAUGAUUUGAAUGAGUUUUACGCCAUUGCAAAUUUCAUAAACCCAGGGAUUUUUGGCUCGCUGAGCGAGUUCCAAAGACGCUUUGCCAAGCCGAUCUUGCGUGCUCGAGACGUCAACUGCCUCAGCAAAGACAUCAUAAAAGAAGGCAGAAGAGUUAGCAAUGAGCUUAUCGAGAUCACCAAGACUUUUACCCUACGAAGAACCCAUGCGGUGAUAAGCAAUUUCUUGACUAAGAAGACAGACGUUCUUCUAUUUUGUCCGCCAACUAAACUUCAGAAGUCGCUUUUCAAACUUGUCAUCGGCUCUUCAAACUUCAAUGCUCUCCUCGAUUCGGAUCCUCGAGAUGCUCUUGCUCUUAUCAUGGUUUACAGAAAAAUAUGCAAUUCGCCAUCGUUACUAGCAAAGGACUCCUUCUUUAAUACCCUUUUGGGCGUUGAGGCUAGAAAGCAGCUUGAUCCUGCUUCGUUGGUGUCUCGCACUACAGGAAGCAAGGUUAACGUGCUAGUACCUCUCUUGCUUGAGUUCAAGAAGCGAGGAGAGAAGACUGUACUUGUUUCCAACUUCACCCAGACGUUAGACUUCCUCACUACAGUAUUGCAAAAGCUUGGAAUUCAGUUCGUAAGGCUAGACGGGUCUAGCGCAGGCAACACUCGUGAUAAGCUUGUCAAUGAAUUCCAAAAAACACCAGGCUUCCGUGUGUUUCUCCUUCUGGCCAAGGCAGGAGGUGUUGGUCUAAACUUAGUAAGCGCAUCGAGAUUAGUACUUUUCGAUAACGACUGGAAUCCCUCGGUGGAUCUACAAGCGAUGGCGAGAAUCCAUCGAGACGGACAGAACAAACCAGUAUACAUCUACAGGCUCUUCACCACUGGGUGCAUAGAUGAAAAAAUAUUUCAGCGACAACUCAUGAAGAACACGCUAAGUGAUAUGUUUCUUGAUGACAAGACUGACUCUUCCCUGAAUAUUUUCGAUUUUGAGGACCUCAAAGAUCUCUUUAAUGUGGUGGAUACAAACUGCAACACCCAUGACUUGAUUGACUGUCCGUGUUCGGGAACGGGGGAAAGCUUUGAGUCUUCACAAGUAUGCAACACUCAGGAGACUGUCGAAGAUGAUGAUUUACCCUCCCUGGGUUGGAUGAGUGCACUGGAUCUUCACAAGAUGAGUCCAGAAACGAAUGCAAAAAAGCAAUCCAUCAGAUUAGCCUUAUCUCAUUAUAGGCACUUCGAUCCCAAAGAAUGCUUACAGGAUGUUGAUGUGGAAGAUGAUGUAGUCAACCUGCUACUACAGAAGCUGGAAUCAGAGGACUUAUUAACAUAUGUAUUUACGCACGUCACGGAAGGUUGCAAAUAG